AUGGCGACAGAGCUGCUUCAGUUGAUUGAUGCCGAAAUUCCAGAAGGCCGCCAGAGUCUUCAGGACAGUCAUGCCAAUCUGGAAAAAGUGGCACAGUAUUGCGAAAGCAAUUAUCUGCAGGCUGCCGACAAGAGAAAGGCUUUUGAGGAAACAAAAAACUAUGCAAACCAUUCCUUGGCCAGUGUGGCAUAUCAGAUCAAUAACCUGGCUACAAACUUCCUGAAGCUCUUGGACUUACAACAGAAUCAGCUGGCUGACAUGGAGUCAAGUGUCAAUCAUCUCAACCAGAUUGUCAUGAUACAUAAGGAAAAGGUUGCGCGUAGAGAGAUAGGAGUGCUAACAACAAACAAGACAACAAGCCGUCCUCCAGGUGUCAGGAACGGCAUCAUCUUUCCUGAGCAGCAGGAAAGACCUGUCAAAUACCUAAGGAAACCCAUUGACUAUGGAACGCUGGAUGAGAUUGGUCAUGGAGUUAGGAGCCAUGGAGCUGCCCCACGGACCAGCCGGGCAUCAUCCGUGAGUAGUACAGGUUCAGGACAGGCACCCACCACACGUCCCCCAACCCCACCACAACAGGGUGGUCGGGGAGUGGGCACCAUGCGUCAGUCAGGGCACUACCGCACCCCUGCCCCGCAUGUCACUCCACCUGCAGUGCCUGGUCACUACGGGCCUGGUAGCUACACUAUGGCCUCUGGGGCUCCUACAAGGCGUGAGGGAGGCUAUGCGUCCACCAACACGGUAAUGGGACAGGUUCACAUGCCCCCAGUGGGUAUGGCACGGCCCAUGUCACAGAACCCAGGACAGGCCCCAGGUAUGCCCUCACCAAGUGUGCUCAAUCAGAUGCUGGGCUACAAUACUAACGGUAUGCAGGCACUUUCACAAGGACACGUGGACGUGGACACUCUGCCUCCACCCCCUCCAGAGCUGGGUAAGGAGCCGUAUCCCCACCCCGACAUCGACGAUGAUCAGCCUGCCGCUGAUCGCUCACGCGAUACAGACACUGAUCCAGGUCUCGAUCUUGACUUCUGUAGUGACAUUACAGAUAGUGAUCAUGAUCAGUUAGAUUAUCUGGAAGCCUCCCCACCAUUGCCCCCACCCCCAGUUCAGCAGCAGGCAAGGAUCUACAACUACAAUAACUACCCUCAGGCCCCUCCCCCUGGCAUGCCUAGGGAUGAAGGUCCUGUGAUUCCCAAAGAUGACGACCCCUAUGCGGCUACAGGCCCAGACCUUACAUGCGCUGAGCCCAAGUGGGUACCAAGUACAUACCUGGAAAAAGUGGUCGCUAUUUAUGACUAUCAGGCAGAUAAAGAGGAUGAGCUUACAUUUCAAGAAAACUCUGUUAUUUAUGUGAUCAAAAAGAAUGAGGAUGACUGGUGGGAAGGCAUGAUGGAUGGAGUGACUGGCUUGUUCCCAGGCAACUACGUGGAACCUUGUAUGUAAAGUGACAACAGUGCUCACAAGAGCUUUGAGGUCAACAGAGGGACCAACAAAACACCAGUGCAACCUGAGCACCUCAUACAUACAUUUUACUUGCCCUUUUGAGGAAGUUUGGUGUCCCACUAUCCUUAUUAUGAAUAGAUAGAGCAAGAAUGCCAUUCAGCUAAUAAAGUUUUUAUCGGUGUUCCAUUUGUUAAGACCCAAUUUCACCCAAGGGCUGUCUCAUUGAAAGGAGCAGAGUGCCCAAUACACUUUGCUCUUCUCACAGGACUCCAUCUGUACAUAACCUCAAAACAUUUUACAGUGAAAAAAGCAAUCUCAUCACAUCCCAGUCUAUAUUUGCUGAUUAUAACCUACCUACAUGUUACCAUUGUUAAUGUUAUAUGCUUCAGUGGGUUGGGAUACAUGACACCCAUAAUACAACAUAAAGUAAUUGGCUAAACAGUUGAAUAUAUUUAUUUAUUGAUUGAUGGAUGUUUAAGAUGUUACUCAAGAUUUUUUGAUUUUAGUAUAGAACAGCAGUGAUGCUUCCCGUAGUGUGUUAUGACUUAUUACUUACUAUCAUAAUAAGCUAGUUCAUGAACAAAUCUUGUACAGUUUUAGUGGCACAGGCUCUUGUACAUGUAAUGCAAGCACAUACAUAGAUAUGUACAAGCGUAAGCCUUUACCUUGAGUUAUCAGAUGCAAAAGUCUGCUAACACGUCAUGUAAUUGUGUAAGACAAAUAUUAAGGACAGUUUGUACUACCGGUUUUAUGAGGUAAGUAUAACACCCUCACGUUUCAGUUAGCCUCUUGUGUGAUUUUUUUAUCCUGAUAUGAAGCGUUUGAUAAAGCUUUGUGUAGUUUCCCUAAGUUAAUUCUCAGCAUUCAGUGUACAUUUUUAACAAUUUUCAUGAUCUGAGCUUUAUUUCAUAUGUGUAACUGGAGAAAACCCAUUUUGGUCCAUUUAUCAUAACGUGCUUUAAGUAACAGCAACCAGAAGCUGUUCACUGCUCUGAUUUGGUUGCUCUUCGUUAGACACCAGUGUAUUAAGCAUGGUAUGAACCUUCCUGUGAGUUGUGCUGAAAACAAGUAUGGGCAGUCUCAUAUGAUGAACUUGUAAAUAUUGUGAUUCAUGCAUAGUUACUUCCUGGAGUUAGUGAGAAACAACUAACUGGUGCCUGAUGGUUAAAACAGGAACAAGCAAUCAUGGUUUGUGAUUCCAAGUCGUGUAGGUUUAAGUCUAUGCUGGAUUUACAGGCUUAAACUUUAUGUUAUUUUCAGGGUUAUUGUCAGUAACAAGAUUUAUUUGACAAACUCUAGAAGUGAUGAAGACUUUAUUAAGUCAUGUCAUCAAAUGACUUUAUAAGCUUUGGGAUUUUUAGGCAUGAUCAAUUAAGCAUGUUUGUUUAUGUGUUUAUUCUUAUUAUAUAAUCAUAUGUUUAAAGAAGAAACUUGUACAUAUUGUAAAUGUACUCAAACAUUUGUGAGGUAUAAUUGUCCUGCAUCUAGAUGGAAAAAUAACCUGCAUAAGUAAUAAAAUCCCUGUUCAC